AUGCUUCAAGAAUUGCUCACCCAACUGGCCCGAUUCUACAGGGCAAACGAAGCCAGCAUCUCAGCUGAGGAAGUAUCGAGAUGCCAGGAAUGUCUUCCUGCCAGCGAAAUCUCGGCUCUUGACCGCUUGUUUAGCCUAUUUCUGCACCAUGCCCAACAGAACCCGACCGCGGUUACACCAGGCCAUUCAGUAUCCUCAAAUCUAGAAAACAAUGAGCCCAUUGCCGCCGCCGCGGGCAUGGCGACAAAGACGGUCGCUACCCUCAAAUCUCAAUCUUACGCGCGGAAUCCGCCUUCUGCCCGCAACCACCGACAAGUGCCACAUGAGUCCCGGCAGCAUCUCACAUCGGUCUCUGAGAGAGGCGAACUUCAGCAAAGUUUGUCUCCAAGAGAGACAAGUAAUAAUAGCCAGGGCACCUCAAGCUCGGAUAUCGAUACAAACUCGACCAAUCCAUCACCGAACACAGAAGAAACUCCUUUACAGGAUGGAACAAUUUUUGACUCCACUAUUAAUAAGCCAGGCUUCUCUCCAACUAUGAGACGACUUUUGGAAAGCUGUCGGACAGAUCGCGGAAAGUUUUUACGAGAGAUUGAGGAAGCCAGAGCAGUGCUCCCAACGGGGCAAGGCUGGGAGGCCGCAAUAGCUACCAAGGUUGAAAAUGCUGACCUGCGCGACCGGAUGAAAAUAUACCAUAGGUUUGAGUGCUAUAACAUCUACCAACAUGUUGUAGAAGCUGGGUAUCAUACUGGCACGCACUGGAUCCGGGAGAUGCGCACUACACUGGCGCAGAAACUCUGUGAGGAGUUUCCGCGGCGGUUUAGGGACCAAAAAGCUGCAAACAAGUGCCUGAACUGGGUUGAUCAAGGUUGCAAAUAUCAUGAGUGGGCCGGUCAUUUCAGAAGAGGGGUAAGAGAUCUGGGCUACCUUAUUGCACUUCCUUUGGACGUGCCUCAUUCAGCAUACACAUCAAGAUGCACAAAAGAGCGAAUGCAUGCGGUAACCAACGUGUUGAAAGUUCUAGGGAUUAACGAGCUUGUAGCAGAACUUGAGCUUGCAAAAUUGGGUGACCAUAUUGCAGUGACAUUGAGGGAUCUGACGGGUAGGGAGCGCAGAGAAGCACCUGGAAAAGCACCACAGAGUCCAUGCAACUCACCACGUUCAAUGCCCAACGUCAGCGGAAUAUCGAGUCCUAGACCAACUAUGCAGCCGGGCCAAAACCCCACCCCACCAGAAUCUCUAAUUACCAGUCUUGACAAUAGGGGUUGUUCCUCACUGGAUAUGGAAAUUGACAUGGAAUACGAUUUUAUUCGUGGGUCAUUCGAUCAAAAUGAGAGUGCAUAUGCCUGCCGUUUCCUCGCGGAGGACUGGGCUGUCCCAUUGAACCUCCCAUUCGAGAAUAGCACGUCUGAUAAUCCUGAGCCACCAAUAUCGCGCAACCCUCUUGAAGCGAUGGAUAUGAGCAAUCCUGACUAUCUAAGACUAUCUACUCCUCAUGGAUAUAACGAUACUCUGGAAUCAUUGAAUGAGUGGGAUGGCAAUGCAAAUUAUGCGGAAGGUCUAACGCAAUUCUGA